GCGCGCGUUUCAUUUUUGCUGCUCCCGACUGGACCGAGGUCGGUGCGGGAUGUGGGCGCGAAUGAAUUGCGCGGCUGAGGAGUUUUAUGCUCGUCUUCUCCAGGAACUUAAUGAAGAAAAGAAAGGAGUCUGUAAAGACCCAUUCAUCUAUGAGGCUGAUGUGCAAGUGCAGUUGAUCAGCAAAGCCCAGCCAGAUCUUCUGAAAACUCUUCUAAAUGAGAACAGAUCGGUGUUUCUUGUGGAAAAAGCGCUUUUGGAGAAGGAAGAAACAAGUCAUGUUGAAGAGCCACAGGCUGAAGAAACUGCUAUUUCUGAUUUCUCUACUGGUGAAAGUGUUAGGCCACUGGCCUUGCCAGUUGGGAGAGCAAGGCAACUAAUUGGGCUUUACACCAUGGCUCACAAUCCUAAUAUGACCCAUUUGAAGAUUAAGCAGCCAGUUACUGCUCUUCCUCCUCUUUGGGUGAGAUGUGACAGUUCAGAUCCUGAAGGUACCUGUUGGCUAGGAGCUGAGCUCAUCACAGCAAAUGACAUCAUUACAGGAGUUGUCUUAUAUGUGGUCACUUGUAAAGCUGACAAAAAUUACUCUGAAGAUCUGGAAAAUCUAAAAAAUUCACACAAGAAAAGACAUCACUUGUCUGCUGUAACAGCCAGAGGAUUUGCCCAAUAUGAACUCUUUAAGUCCACUGACUUGGAUGAUGUUGUCACCCCGUCACAAACUACAGUCACUUUGGAUCUUUCCUGGAGUCCUGUGGAUGAGAUUCUUCAAACCCCUCCCCUGUCUUCCACUGCAACUCUGAAUAUCAGAGUACAAUCAGGAGAGCCCAGAGGUUGUUUGAAUCAUCUCCACAGAGAACUGAAAUUUCUCCUUGUUUUGGCUGACGGCUUGAGGACUGGUGUAACCGAAUGGCUUGAACCUCUGGAAACAAAAUCAGCUGUUGAACUUGUACAAGAAUUUCUGAAUGACUUAAAUAGACUGGAUGAAUUCGAUGAUUCUACAAAAAAAGACACACAAAAAGAGGCGGUGAACCAUGAUGCAGCUGCAGUUGACAGGUCUGUACUUAUCACAGUGCGGGAGGAUCUCGAUUUUGCUGAACAGCUUUGGUGCAAAAUGAGCAGCAGUGUGAUUUCAUAUCAAGACUUGGUGACGUGUUUCACAUUGAUCCUGCAGAGUCUGCAGCAUGGUGAUAUACAGCCUUGGCUGCACAGUGGGAGUAACAGCUUACUAAGUAAGCUCAUUCAUCAAUCUUACCAUGGAGCCAUGGACAGCGUCCCUCUCUCUGGAACUACCCCACUUCAAAUGCUCUUGGAAAUUGGUUUGGACAAACUAAAGAAAGAUUAUAUCAGCUUUUUUGUUGGUCAGGAACUUGCAUCUUUGAAUCAUUUGGAAUACUUCAUUUCUCCAUCAGUAGCUACACAAGAACAAAUUUAUCGUGUUCAGAAACUCCACCAUAUUCUAGAAAUACUAGUCAUCUGCAUGCUUUUCAUUAAACCUCAGCAUGAGCUUCUCUUUUCUUUAACACAAUCCUGCAUAAAAUACUACAAACAAAAUCCUCUGGAUGAGCAACACAUUUUUCAGUUGCCAGUCAGACCAGCUGCUGUAAAGAAUCUGUAUCAAAGUGAGAAGUCCCAGAAAUGGAGAGUGGAAAUAAGCAGUAAUCAGAAGAAGGUGAAAACCGUGUGGCAACUGAGUGACAGCUCCCCUGUAGAUCACUCCAGUUUUCAUAAGCCUGAUUUUUCUGAGUUGACACUGAAUGGUAGCCUGGAAGAAAGGGCUGCUUUCAUUAACAUGGUUACCUGCAGCCAGGUGCACUUCAAGUAACACGUGCUGAGGGUCCCUGCAAGCACAAACCAGAAAAGGCGGGGGGGAGAGGUAAUUUUCAAAACCUAAAAAAUAGACAUCACAUAAAUUUUUGAAGCAGAAAAAGAAGCGUGAUUCUGAAGAUCCUCCAAAAGAUGAAGGUGGAGAUGAGGUCCCAUCUCAGCUGUGGCUCCUGAGGAGGAGUGUUAGCAGCAGGGCAACAACGAGGAUGGAGAGGGUGCAAACUGUGGGUACCACAAUCUCCGAAGCCACGUGCAUAUGCCUAAGCAAGGGCUCUGAAACGGACAGAGAACAUUCCACCAGACAUGAAGUUUGUUUUGAAACAAAAACUAAAGAAGAGGUACCAUUGUGGGUUUUUUGUUUUUAUUUUUGUUUUGGGAACUCACAGAUCCGCCUGCUUCUGCCUCCCAAGUUCUAUUUACUAAACGCACACACUGCUACCAUCCAUUUUAACUAUAGUAUCUGAUUGUUCCUAUUUGUUGUAAAAAGAAACCAAAACAGUAAAUAAAACAGAUUUUAAAAUGGUGGUGGGGCUGUAGUACUGAGGCAGAGCAUUCACUUGGCUGCACACAGCCUUGGGGGAAUCCCUGCCAUCACACAGAACUUAUGUGAGAGCUGGAAAUGUUACAGAAAUCUGGGAAUGCCUAAAUUUGGUUCUUUCACUGGAACUUCAGGAAGCCUAAGUGUGGAUAAUAUUUAUGCUGGCAUUAAUUUCAACAUAUUAGCAUCCAUAUUCCAUGAGUUCUCUGGAUUUUUACUGAGGAACUUGUAAAAGAACCCUUCAGGCUGUGUAUGGUGGUGCAUUCCUUCAAUUCAGCACUGGAGAGGCAGAAGCAAGCCUACAGAAGGAGUUCCAGGACAACCAGGGUUACAAAGAGAAACCCUGCCUCAAAAGAAAAAAAAGAAAAGAAU